AUGGCGUACGAUCAUGGAGAUCAAGGUUCCCCGAAGAGAAGAUCUCGACUGGGGGAGUGCUUCUCCUGCUGCUUCGGCGGCGGCAGCGGCGGCGCAGGGGGAGAAGGAUUUGAGCCGCCGCAGGAUAGCCAGACGGCGUCGUUCGUCCGGUCUUCCUCGACGUGGAUCCGAUCCAAGGCGCAGGAGAUCCCGGAGAUCAAGGAUAAAUGCCGCGGCCUCAUCUCGCGCUUGGGGAAGCCACGCCGGCAGUCCGGCGACUUCAGGUACGAUCCACUCAGCUACGCCCUCAACUUCGACGAGGGCCCCGACUUCGACGACGACGGCGGCGAGAUCUCCCCCGCCGAGUUCCGGUACCGGAAUUUCUCGUCCCGUCUUCCCCCGACGCCACCGCAUCUGAUCCCGGCGGAGUCCGCGGCCGCGAAGGGAAUAGCCUGCAACUAG